AUGCACCGACAUGACCCACCACAGCCCGGAGAUGGAGAGGACACACGGCGCAGCACGCUUCCAACCCCGCCGCACGAGCAAUCGGCAGAGGACAGCUUGUUCACGUCGGACUCUGAUACGAUCACGGUCAACCGACCCACGAUCCGCCGAGCGCAUCCUCUGAGCAAUGCAUGGCGACCGGACUCUCCCAUCAAUGGUCUGGGAGACCGCAUUCGCAGUCCGGCCUCCGAAGACGGCUGGGAGAUUAUGCGCACCACCAUUACUCCCGAUGAAUCGCUUCCCAGUGCGGAAAGUAGUUUUGCAAGUGCCGCUGCGAGCCGAUCAUUCAAUGAUUCCAGCAGUAGUACACAACUCACAGAGCCGAGUAGAGAUAGCACGGAGAACCCCGAGAAUUCCGGCGAAGACUGCGAGGACAGCGAGGAAGAUCAGAUUUGCACCGAAGAGGAGGCUCUCACCUCGGAACGAUUUGCAGAAAAUGUCUAUUACCACGAGAUGCGCACGCCGGAAGGCCGACAACGGAUCGCGCAUCACCACAGCGUCCGAGAACAGGACGGGAACCGAUUUGCGUUGGCCACCGAGCCUGCGAGAGUCGAUAUCGGCUUUCGGUUGAUCGAAGAAGCGCUAGAGUCCGAGGAAGGCAGGACGCGCGUAUUAUCGACGCGAUACAGUUCUACCGAGGACCGCAGUCACUACCAGGACAUGCUCCACACCACUCGACGCCUGCGCGAACGACAAUUGCGCGAACGACGUGCUCGACAAAGCGAGAGUGCCGCGGAACCUGCUCCACCCGCGCCUGAGCAGUAUGGGCAGGAAAUUCGAGACGCUGUCCAUGAGACGAGGGGUCAGAUCAGUGACUACUUCCGUCGCUUUACCGCUGACGCGCUGGGAUCCGUACAUGCAAGUGCGCUCACUGCGACAAGGACCCGUUCACCUCCACCUCAAUAUCAAGCUCGACCUGUAGAUGGACCCCUCUCAGACGAUGGCACGGACGAUCCCGCCGACGCCUGGCAAGCGGAGGUGUCGAGAGACGGUCCACAGGCACAUCCCGUCUCGCCUCCUGCCGCCCGCUCUGAGCGCGAAGUGUCUGAAGCACUGAUGAGUGGCGACGUGCAGGACCUGGAUUCGAUGCGCAGAAUUGUCGAACGCCUUGCUGCUCGCGACGAUGUGCCUGAAGAGUGGUGGAUGAGUAUGGGCCUCAACUUAUCACGCUCACAGCCACGAGAUGCCCGCCACUCGAAUGGCAGGAUCGGUGAUAACAGUGCUUCGGAGAGCAGAGUCCGAUCAGGGCGCGUGAGCAGGAGUGCAAAUGAUCGUGGAAGCGCAAGGCUAUAG